AGGGAAAUAGAUGUCGUCAUUCGCUCUCUCUGGCUGAAAAAACACCGCGAUUCACCAUCAUGGAAGGAGACUCAGACUCGGGCUCAGAGCCUUCUACUGCCCUUAUCGAACAGAGAAGGGCCAGUUUGACAGACCGCUCUUGCUGGGUGUGUUUCGCAACUGACGAAGACGAGCCAGGAAAGCAGUGGACCAGUCCGUGCCAGUGCAGAGGAGCCACAAAGUGGGUCCAUCAGGUCUGUCUCCAGCACUGGAUAGACGAGAAACAGAGAGGUGCAUCCUCGGUGGAUGUCCAGUGCCCGCAAUGCAUGUACACCUACCGCAUCACUUACCCUGGACAGAGUAUCCUGCUCUCCCUCUACGAGCGCACAAACCAGAUCAUCUCAUUCAGCUCCCCCAUGAUCCUGGCCAGCAUCUCCGCCUCCUCCCUCUACUGGGUGUCGGUCACAUACGGAGUCGCCUCCCUCUCCGCUGCCCUCGGGAGAGAGCGAUCAGUCCGGUUCUUCAGCGAUCCCUCCUCCUCCCUUGCCGUCGUCAGUCUCCCACUCCUCCCCUGGGGGAUCCUGGGGUUAAAGGUGGUACGGCUGGAAGUUCAAGUCCUGAGGCUGUGGCAUCGACUCUUCGUCCCUGUCCUCUACGGUCUCCUGAAGAGGGUUCCUGGAAUCAGGCUCCUUGACCUCCGCCCCACCCUCUACACCCCUACUCCAGUGGCAAUCUUCCCGCAUGUGUCUCGAUGCAUAGUCGGGACAUUUGUCCUGCCUGUCGUGUCUUGCCUCCUCGGCUGGAUGUGCUCAUAUUUCCUGCAGAGAAUGUCAAAUUUCAAGCGAGUGCUACUGGUCAUUGGGGGGAUGAGUGACAGCAUAGCUGUGCAGAGCAGCUAUGUUUUCAGGGCCAUGGAUCGCAUGGACAGAAGCAUCACUGCAGCCUCCCCUGUUGCAGUGGCCGUAAUAGGCAUCGCCUCACUUUAUUAUGUAGCAUUUAGCUAUGGACUGGCUGUGGUGGGACUGCUGUUUGGUAGAGACAGUGUGACACAAGUGAUAGCCACUGCCCCUUACAACCCAAUGUUGGUGGUAGUAGGAGUGCCAGCCAUCCCUGCAGUGCUGGUCAUGCUGGAGGGUGCUGACUUAGAUGGAAGGGGUAUAGCUGUCUGGAGAAGAGAGAUAAGUCCUCGUCUGUCGGGUAUUCCUCUCAUUGGAGGUCUCAUUGAGGCAAUCUGGCCCACACCUGUCAGGGUCCCUUAUCCCUCGUCCCAGGGUCCAGCCAACCUGGUUGAGGAGGCAGCACGCAGCCUGAGUGCUGGACUACUCCUCCCAUUUGCAGCCUACAUCACUGGGAAGGUUCUGUUCAGCUGCGUGAAGAGCACUCCCAAGCAGGUCACCCUGGGUGGAGCAGCAUUCUUUUUAGGAAAAACACUCUUGAAGAUGUACUUACGACAGCAGGAGUUUAGGCAGCAAGGUUCACGCAGAGUACUGGACUAUGCUGAAGAGUAAAAUCCUGUCACUACUCAAUGCAUUUCACACAUGUAUCAUUCUCCCUGCAGUCACAAUUACAGGUUUUUGACUUUACAAAUUCAGCACAUAGUAUGAUACCAACUACAAAAGGUUGUUCGUAAAACAAAGUUCAAAGUCAUAUGUAGGAGAGUCUAUUCAGAAAUAAGCUAAAUGAUAAGAACAUGGAGUAUGGUGGUGUGGUUCAAAAAUUUCAUUUCCUGAGCCGAGAUGAACGACGAAUGGGAGCAGUCGAACUGGCUACUUUACCACGUGACGAUCGUGUGCUUGGCCUGACGGGGGCUGUGGUGUCUUCUUUCUCAGCACUCGCUUCUUGUUUAGCUGCCCGCCUUGCUUUCUUUGGUCCACUCUCUCUGGGGACUUCUGUUGGGGGUUUCUGCUCACUUGUAGGUUUGCGAGGCUCGACUUGUGCUGCCUGGACUCCUGCAAGUCUGCGAGACUGUCUCAGUGGUUUGUCUGGCUCUGACUGUUUCAACUCGACGACAGACUUUUCGGCUGGGGCAUGCGGUGUAGGAUCACUGGCCACUCUUGUAUAGCGGCGUGUUGAUCGUCUUGCCAUGGGUGCUACUCCCUCUGUCUUCUGUGGCUUUUGACUUUGCUCGUCUUUGAUGGACUGAGCAUUGUUAAGGCUUUCCAUGUGUGUGCUUGGGGCACCUUCAUUGAUGGGAGCCAUGACUGUGGCUCUUCUCCUGGGUCUGGUUGGCAGGACCUCCAUUGGAACUGUCUCGUGCACUGUCAUCUUGUUGAGUCGUGACCUCCUUCGUGAGGCUACUGCUGUUGCUGCUGGUGCAGAUCUUGUUUCUGAAGUGUCAAUUGUAGCUGCUCGAGAUCGGGUUGUACGUUUGGUCGGGGGAGGUAGGGCGUUCUCUUUCUCGGGGUUAUUCGUGGCACUCCUGCCCCUCUUCCUGGUUGGCAGUUCAGGGAGUGGAGCCUCCAUCUGUUUGACUGCACGUGAUCGAGUGACUCGAGUGGUAGUUGCAGUACUACAAACUUUCCUUGUGCGUUUCCCCCUCCCCUUCUUCUCCUGGGGGAGAGGGUCUGAGACUCCGAUGGUGAACAAGCAGCAAGGCUCUGUGCUCUUGAGACAGGAUUGCAGACCCUGAGCACUAGUCGGACGACUUGGAGGCUUCUUUGACGACGUGGCAAGGGGAGAGGCAAAGCCAACCUCGCGAGACUCGCCAAACAGCUUCACAUCAAACACAUCUGCCGGAUCGGCCGAGUUGCAGACACGGGGAGAUUUGAAAAGAUGUGGGAGACCAGUCAGAUUGACGGCUGGUGAGUUCUUCUUCGGCUGGAGGUAUGGUCCAAAGUCGUAGGCCCUGGGAGUGGAGCUGUUGGCGAUCUUCAUCCUCUUGGCAGGAGUAGCUGGGUCUGCUGGCAAGACAGUUGUGGCAUAGGCCCUCUUGGACGAUCUGGCUGGUGUAGAAACACUGGAGGUUUUGUUAGAGGAGGGAGCAGGGGUCAGUGGAGUUUUGGCAAUCCUCCUUCUCUUGGCCGGAGGAGCAGGUACGGGGGUCUCACAUGCCAACAUUGUGUCGGCAUACGCUCGCUUGGAGCGAGGCUCGGCGGCCUUUGUUUGAGGUUCUGGGUGGAGGGAACGCAGCGCGAGUCCUCUCUGUAUCUCCUCCCUCAGUGGCGUGGGCAGUGCCGGCUUUGUCUUGCAAAGUGUGGGUCGAGAUUUCAGUUGUCCCAGGAGGUCGGCUGGGAGGGAUCUCUUGGUCGAUCGCAGUGCAGGUCGCUGCUGGAUGGCAGUGCGAAGAGGAGUCGGAAGAGUCGGUUUUGUCUUUCGCAGGGAGCGCUCGGCCUGGAUGGCAAGUCUGAGUGGUGUCGGGAGACACCUCUUGGUUUGUCUUAAUGGUGGUCGGCUCUGGAUCUCCUCUCUGAGAGGUGUGGGCAGAGUGUUCUUGGUCUUGCGGAGAGUAGGCCGAGAUUCAAUAGCCCUACGGACUGGGGUAGGCAUCGAUUUCUUGGUCUUUCUCAGCACUGGCCUCGAUUCAAUAUCCUUGCGAACUGGGGUGGCCAAUGUUUGCCUGGUCAUACGAAGGGCAGGCUUCGAUUCAAUAUCCUUGCGAACUGGAGUGGCCAAUAUUUGCCUGGUCUUACGAAGCGCAGGCCUCGAUUCAAUAUCCUUGCGAACUGGGGUGGCCAAUGUUUGCCUGGUCUUACGAAGGGCAGGCUUCGAUUCAAUUUGCUUGCGAACUGGGGUGGCCAAUGUUUGCCUGGUCUUACGAAGCGCAGGCCUCGAUUCAAUAUCCUUGCGAACUGGAGUGGCCAAUAUUUGCCUGGUCUUACGAAGCGCAGGCCUCGAUUCAAUUUCCUUGCGAACUGGAGUGGCCAAUAUUUGCCUGGUCUUACGAAGUGCAGGCCUCGAUUCAAUAUCCUUGCGAACUGGAGUGGCCAAUAUUUGCCUGGUCUUACGAAGCGCAGGCUUCGAUUCAAUUUCCUUGCGAACUGGAGUGGCCAAUGUUUGCCUGGUCUUACGAAGGGUAUAGGGCAUACUCUCGAUUUGCUGACGAAUAGGAGUGGCCAAUGCCUUGCGUGUGCUGCGGAGGCUUGGUCGGGCACGAAUCCGGCUGCGAAUGGGGGUAGGAAGAGAGCGGUGGGUCUUACGGAGCGACGGCCGGUCUCUGAUUGCCCUGCGGAGUGGUGUCGGAAGUGCUCUGCGAGUCGACCUCAGUCGAGGCUUGUCUUGAAUUGCUAUUCUCAGCGGAGUGGCCAGCUUCUUGUAGUGCUGUCUCAGAGAUGGCUUUGAGCGUAUCUCCUUCUGAAUUGGAGUGGAGAGGGCAGGUUGUUUUACCGGAGAGGCAACUGGAGUGGUGUCUGACUCUUCACCCUCUCCCUCACUCUCUGGAAUAGGCUCCUCCUCAUCUUCCUCGGCGUCCUCAUCGCUAGAGGCUUUGAAGAGCUUUUCGAUGUGAGCCAGUUGAAGUUGGCGUUGGCAGAUGUGGUGGUGACCGACCCCGUGGAGUAUUUGUGGGAGGUUGCUGGGGAGACCGGGCUCGCUAGAG